AUGUCCAACACCUCUGACUCUAUUGAAGGUUCCACUCUGUCUGAAGUCUCCUUCAGAGACUCUCAUGGAUUGAUCUCUGGUUUACCAGCAAGAAGCCAAGGUGUGCAUAGUGCUGCCACUACUGUACAAAAGGUUUCACAGGUUAUGAGCCGCUCUAAAAUCAAUGAAAUUAAUCCAUUUGAUCUUAAUGACGAGGUAUUCUUCCCAGAAUGGUACUACUGCUUCAAGAUUAACUUCGUGAAGGCAGUACCUAUUGCAGAGGACUACUUCAAGUAUUCCCUUGAGGAUUACCGACUUAGAUUCAAUGGACUGGUUGGGUCCAUUAAUGAGGCAGUUAAUGCGGUUGAACAACGGUUUCAUGAGUGUAUUAGUCAUCUUCUCGAAGAACAGUCACUCAUCGAUCCCUACACGUUCUGCAACCGUGAGUACGUGGAGAAUGAACUCUUUGCUGAUCGUGAGAUUAAUGAGAUAGAAGAUCGCGUGAAAAUUGCUAUACGCUACAAUAUCUUACGUGCAAAAGCAGUACAUGGCGAUUAUCAACCACUAUUGAACCAUCUCCUCGCUGCUUCCACUAGUCCUGAGUUAAUUUGGCAAACCUUUUUCAGGAUCCUUACUACCUCGGUCACCUUCUUGAAUCCGACACAACUUGAGGACUUUACUAAGUCUGUUCAACUGGCAAUGACGCGUCUGACUGAUGUGUCUACUCAAAUCCGCAGAUGGUACAAGACAACCGAACUCACAAGGAAACUGUUCUGCCCCACUCCUAAGGACACUACACGGAGAUCACACUCCAAAAAUGAUGAUAAUCGGAACAUGGGUAAAACCCGGAAUGCCCACACUUAUGUCAACAAUGGAACUCAAGGAACCCACAAACGGGGACCCUACAAGACCAAUUCGGACAUGCACUCUAACGCGCAAAACUACCAGAAACUGAACAAGUUCAAGAGCUCUGGUACACCACCUGUCUAUCUUGUGUACGACAAUGAUGAUAUCUCUGUUUAUCCCACCCGUACCUUUAUAUUAGACACUGGAUCAAGCAUUCACACUGUGAAUGAUAAAGCGCUCUUGAGUAAUGUAUGUUCCACCAAUCGCAUGAUUAAUCAUGGCGGUCUACGUCCAGUUGACACAGUUGGCACCUUGAAAAUACAGUUAUUGGACGGCCACCAGUUGAUCCUUCCUGAUGUGCACUACGUCCCGUACUUGCCCAACAUCCUCUCAACCCAUAGAUUGAGAGAUGCUGGUGACAGUAUUUUCACUAACGCAUCCCUAGAUGCAAUCAAUUCACAUACACAACAAGUUGUGAGCAGUGAAACGAGCGAAACCAUUAAUGUUCCUGCCACAAUUCUUCCCUUUGAAUCUGAGGAUUUACCCUCAGAUAUCCUGAACACUCCGCACACUUCUACUAGUAAGUUGCCUAGUGUCCUUAUUAUCUCUACUCAAUCAUCUGAGGAUCACUUUAGUGAUGACUCUUCAGACUCUGAGUCCCUUUUCUCGAAUGAUCCAAGAUCAGAAACCGAGUCCUAUGAUACACUCGAUGAUGCUUCGACUGGAAAGAUAGAUGCACUCUCUCAACAAUGGCAUAGUACUUUAGGCCAUCCUGGCGAAACUCAGUUUAAAGCCCUUAAGAAAGUGUUUAAUCUACCCAAAUCUGUGGUUCAUGUACCUUUAAUCCAAUGUCGUGGGUGCUGCACCUCCAAGACUGUUAAUCGCUUUGCGAAGACAUCUCGAGGACACACAUCUAUUACUCGCCCCUUUGAAGUCAUCCAUGUGGAUGUUUGCGGUCCCUUUGAUAACCCCAAGGCGCACGACAAUGCCCGGUACUUUCUCACUAUUGUCGAUCGAUUCUCCCGGUUCGUUACUGCUAUCCCAUUAGCUCGCAAAAGUGAAACGUCUACUAUGAUCCAAGAUUUUAUUCGUCAAAGCUUCACGGAGCUCCGUGCCACUCACUAUCCGAAACAACUUCGGUCGGAUAAUGGUUCUGAAAUUUUCAAUGAUAAUCUCACGGAAUUUCUCAAGGCCGAAGGUAUCAAACUUUGCCCUACUCAUCCUCAUAGUUCUGCUGAAAAUGGCAUUGCCGAACGAAUGCAUCGCACCCUUCAAGAUAAAGUUCGUACACAAAUGACACAUGGCAAUGUUCCCCCUAUUUUCUGGUCCGAAGCUCUUCGGUACUCCGCUCUCAUCCUUAACUGGACACCUCGUGUCAACUUACUAAAUGAGACACCCAUUCGCCGUUGGUACAACGAUGACCUGCUCACACGUCCUGAACUUUACCCCUUUGGAUGUACCGCAUUUGUCACGAUUCCUCUCGACAUUCGUACCAACAAGAUGGCCCACAACUCCCUUGAGUGUGCCUAUCUCGGCCCUGACUCUCAACGACUUGGCCAUCGAUUCUUCAGCUAUGAGCUUAUGAAAGUAUUUGGCUCUGCUCAGGCCAUUUUUCGACCAAACGAAUUCUAUUUUUUCCAAUAUGCCAUUAACCCCGAUAAACUUCCGGUUAAUCACAACCGCCUCCCUACGGCUUAUCUUCCGGGCAUUAAAGUCCCGCCACCCUUUCAACGUCUUUCCGGACAAGACAUUUACAACGAUACUAAUGCUCUUUCUGAGCUUUUCCUCGAACAGACACCAUCUACCACUCUGUCUGUAACUACACCAAUUACCGAUUCGCCGCCCGUGGUCCCGGCGGCUUCUCCGACUCUCCUGAUCCCAGAGUCUUCCCCUAUGCCUCCUCGCAAGGUGGCUAAGAAGAAGCGGUCGCUGAUCCCUUCUACUUCUUCUGCGCAGUCGCUGACCCCUUCUGCCAUCCCACUGACUACGAAGAAAUCCACUUCUAAGCAAUCUGCUUCCACGAAAUCCUCUCUCAAGUCAUCCACGACGCUCACCCCGUCUCCACCCACUAAGUCUCCUUCUGAACCCUACUACCGUACUCGGAGUGCUACUGGUUCACUUCCGUCAGAUAGGCGGUUAUCCACCAAGGGGGGGUAG